AUGUCGACUCAUCCUGGUGGCGCGCAGCCCACACGACGUCGAAGCUCCAUCCACCAGAAUGCAGAGAGCGAAGCCGCCCUCGCAAAGCUGGGGUACGUCAGCGAACUGCCCCGAAACUUGAGCAUGAUGUCUAUCUUGGGACUUUCGUUCGCCAUAAUGGCCGUUCCCUUCGGUCUGAGCACGACUCUCUACAUCACCCUGACCGACGGACAGUCCGUGACGAUCCUGUACGGCUGGCUGUUUGUGUCAUUGAUAUCCCUGGCCAUAGCCUCGUCUCUUGCCGAGAUAUGUUCCGUAUAUCCUACCGCCGGCGGCGUGUACUACUGGUCCGCGAUGCUCAGCACGAAGAAAUGGGCACCGAUGGUCUCGUACAUUGACGGGUGGCUGACUCUCAUCGGCAACUGGACGGUGACGCUGUCCAUCAACUUCAGCGGGGGCCAGCUGAUCCUCUCGGCCAUCACGCUGUGGGACGAAGACUUUGUGCCGACGGCGUGGCAGACGGUGCUGAUGUUCUGGGCGGUGAUGCUGGCGUGCAUGCUCGUCAACAUCUUCGCGGCCCGGUACCUGGACCUGAUCAACAAGAUCUGCAUCUACUGGACGUCGGCUUCGGUCAUCAUCAUCCUCGUGACGCUGCUGUCGAUGGCCGACCGGCGGCGCAGCGGCGCCUUUGUGUUUUCGCACUUUGAUGCCUCGGCCAGCGGCUGGCCGAGCGGCUGGGCCUUCUUCGUCGGCCUGCUGCAGGCCGCCUACACGCUCACGGGCUACGGCAUGGUGGCGGCCAUGUGCGAGGAGGUGCAGCAGCCGCACCGCGAGGUGCCCAAGGCCAUGGUCCUGUCGGUCGCCGCCGCCGGCGUCACGGGCGUCGUCUACCUGGUCCCCAUCCUCUUCGUCCUCCCGGACGUGCAGACCCUGCUGGGCGUCGCCAACGGCCAGCCCAUCGGCCUCCUCUUCAAGACCGUCACGGGAUCCGCCGGCGGCGGCUUCGGCCUGCUGUUCCUGAUCCUGGGCAUCCUCUUCUUCGCCGGCACCGGCGCCCUGACCGCCGCCUCGCGCUGCACCUACGCCUUUGCCCGCGACGGCGCCAUCCCCGGCUCCGCCGUCUGGUCGCGCGUCAACCAGCGCUACGACAUCCCGCUCUGGGGCCUCGUGCUGUCCACCGUGGUCGACUGUCUUCUCGGCCUGAUCUACUUUGGCUCGACCGCCGCCUUCAACGCCUUCACGGGCGUCGCCACCAUAUGUCUGAGUACGAGCUACGGCAUCCCGAUCCUGGUCAACGUCGUCCGCGGCCGCAAAGCCACGGUGCAUGCGAGCUUCAGCCUCGGCCGGUUCGGCUUCUUCAUCAACAUCGCCACGAUCUGCUGGAUCGUCCUGGCCGUCGUCUUGUUCUGCAUGCCUGUCGCCAUCCCCGUCACCGCCGCCAGCAUGAAUUAUGCGUCGGUUGUCUUUGCCGGCUUUUCGGGCGUCGCUAUCGCCUGGUAUUUCGUGAGUGCCAGGAAGAGCUUCACAGGCCCCCCUGUGGUGAGUGACGCCGGGCCCGAAGAAGGGCUAGCUGUUGCUUCUCAUGUUCAAAAGCCCACGGACGUCGAAGACGCAGCAAAUCAAAAGCAUACAGUAGAGCCCAAGACCACUUGA